GCAAAGAAGUAGAGAGGGAGAGAGAGAGUGAAUGAAACACACCAGAUAUAUCACCAAACCCUAAUAACCUCUCACCCUCACAAAUUUCUUAUCUUUAUAGCUUUUACAGAUUCACAAAAGCUUUCUUCAGAUUUACAAUCUCAUCACACACAGCCCUUCAAAACAUAAGAUCCAAAGAAGAAACAAGAACCCUACAAUCAAAUCAAAACCAAAACAAGAAGCAAAAGUUUCUUCUUUUUAUGUUCUACUCUCAAUUCCUCUUGUUCUUGUUCUUGAAAAACUAGGGUUAUAUUCUCCAAAAGACAAGAUCUUUCAUCAGAAAAAUAAAUGAACCCAAGCCAUGUUUGUGCAUAGAUAAACAAUAUUAGUAUAUUACCUACCCUAAUAUAAGGUUAAAUAUACAUAUUUAAGAGGAAAUAAAUUAGGGGUUUUGGGGGAAAAAAUGGGAAGGGGAAGAGUAGAGCUGAAGAGGAUAGAGAAUAAAAUCAACAGACAAGUGACGUUUGCAAAGCGUAGGAACGGUUUGUUGAAAAAAGCCUAUGAGCUUUCUGUUCUCUGCGAUGCGGAGGUUUCUCUCAUCGUCUUCUCCAAUCGUGGCAAGCUCUACGAGUUCUGCAGCUCCUCCAACAUGCUCAAGACACUAGAGAGGUACCAGAAGUGUAGCUAUGGCUCCAUUGAAGUCAACAACAAACCUGCCAAAGAACUCGAGAAUAGCUAUAGAGAGUAUUUGAAGCUGAAAGGUAGAUAUGAGAAUCUUCAACGUCAGCAGAGAAACCUACUUGGAGAAGACCUUGGACCUCUGAAUUCAAAGGAGCUAGAGCAGCUUGAGCGUCAACUAGACGGCUCUCUGAAGCAAGUUCGCUGCAUCAAGACACAGUAUAUGCUUGACCAGCUCACUGAUCUUCAAGGUAAAGAGCAUAUCUUGCUUGAAGCCAACAGAGCUUUGUCAAUGAAGCUGGAAGAUAUGAUCGGCGUGAGAAGUCACCAUAUAGGAGGGGCAUGGGAAGGUGGCGAUCAACAGAAUGUUGCCUAUGGACAUCAUCAGGCUCAAUCUCAAGGACUAUUCCAAUCUCUUGAAUGUGAUCCCACUUUGCAAAUUGGAUAUAACAAUCCAGUGUGUUCAGAGCAAAUGGCUGUAACGACGCAAGGUCAGUCCCAACCAGGAAACGGCUACAUCCCUGGCUGGAUGUUGUGAGCGAUACUUCUGCCCCUCCAAUAAGGAUCUUGAGCAUGCAAGUUGUGGGUUCUUGAUGAUGAGAUGAAGAAUUAUAUAUAUGAAUAAGGAUGAAUAGUGAUGAAUUUUGUGUUUAUGUAUGCAUAAGACUUUUGAUUUGUAGACAUAAGCGGCUAUAGCUGCAAUAGCCUUCAACACCUCUCCUCUAUUUGAGGAGAUGUUUCUGCCUUUUGGGACCUUUGCUUAUAUAUUAAUGGAUUGUAACGUGUGUAAUGUUAAA